AUGGUAAUGGAAACAGAGAAAGAACAAGGCUUCAUGCCUGAUCCCGAGAGGGACGCGCCGUCGGAUAACAACACGCUCACAGGACCCGACGAGGAAGCCAUCUCAAGAACAAAGUCCAACGUCUCAAUAGCCGAGACGUUCUCGCUCCCACGUGAGAUCCUCUUCGUGGCCAUCAUCUGCAUGGCGCAGUUCAUGACGCAAGCCGCGCUGGGAAACUGCCUCAACAUCAUCCACAUAAUCGGUGAUUCAUUCAACCUCACUAAUCCCGCGGAACUAAGCUGGCUCAUCGCCGGGUUCUCCCUCACCGUCGGAACCUUCAUCCUCUUCUCCGGCCGUCUCGGCGACAUCUUUGGCUACAAGCGCCUCUUCCUCAUUGGUUUUGUCUGGUUCGCUGUUUGGUCUAUGAUCUGCGGACUAGCAAAUUACUCUAACCAUGUUCUCUUUAUCUUUGCCCGCGUGUUUCAGGGCAUUGGACCUGCGCUUGUGAUGCCGAAUGGUUUGGCUAUCUUGGGCGCUUCGUACAAGCCUGGUGGGCGAAAGGCUGUGGCGUUUGCGCUGUUUGGCGCUUGUGCACCCGGUGGUUGUGUUUUUGGGGCGUUGUUUGCUGGACUUUUUGUUCAUGGGGAUCCGGCGUGGUGGCCUUGGACUUACUACUCUUUCGCGCUUGGGCUGGCGUUCAUUGCGCUGCUGGCGUACUUUAUCAUCCCUGAUCCUCCUCACAAGCUUUCGUCCGCCGAUAUGAGCUGGGGAGACAUCCUUGGUCAACUCGAUCUUCUCGGUGCGUUCACUGGUAUCACUGCCCUGGUCCUCUUCAACUUUGCCUGGAACCAAGCCCCCAUCGACGGCUGGGACAAGCCUUGGGUAUUCGUCCUUCUCAUCGUUGGAGUGCUCCUUGUUCCUGUCUUUUUCUACAUCGAAUUGCGCGUGGCAUCGCAUCCCUUCAUUCCCUUUGAUGCUCUGACUAGCGACGUCGCCUACAUUCUGGGCUGCAUCGUCUGCGGCUGGGCUACUUUUGGUAUCUGGGUGUACUACACUUGGCAAUUCUUCCAGAUGCUUCGUGGAGCAUCACCUCUUCUUACGAGUGCUUGGAUGAGCCCGGUUGCUAUUUCUGGAGCUUCCGCCUCACUGAUCACUGCAUGGCUUCUUCAUGUGUCGCAUCCUGCAUUGGUCAUGCUCCUCGCCCUCACAUCAUUCACAACCGGUACAAUUUUGAUGAUGACUGCGCCUGUGGAGCAGUCUUACUGGUACCAGUCUUUCUUUGGCCUUGUUAUCAUGACCUUCGGUAUGGACAUGUCGUUCCCCGCCGCGACUCUGAUCCUCUCCAAUUCUGUGAAGCGAGAGCAUCAAGGCAUCGCAGCAAGCUUGGUCAGCACGAUCGUGAACUACAGUAUCAGUCUAGGUCUUGGAUUUGCUGCUACGGUGGAGGUCAAUGUUACAAAUGGAGGAGAGUCAAAGCACGAGCUGUUGAUAGGUUACCGGUCUGCUUUUUACAUGGCUGUUGGCUUCGCCGGGCUGGGCCUCGGUAUCAGCAUUAUCUACUUCCUCAAAACAAAGUGGUAUCAGAGGAAAGGGAAGCAAUGA